AUGUAUGGAGAGAGAGAGAGAGAACACUACCAGCAGCACUGCAUGUAUGGAGAGAGAGAGAAAGAGAACACUACCGGCAGCACUGUAUGUAUGGAGAGAGAGAGAGAACACUACCGGCAGCACUGUAUGUAUGGAGAGAGAGAACACUACCGGCAGCACUGUAUGUAUGGAGAGAGAGAGAACACUACCGGCAGCACUGUAUGUAUGGAGAGAGAGAGAACACUACCGGCAGCACUGUAUGCAAGGGGAGAGAGAGAACACUACCGGCAGCACUGUAUGCAUGGGGGGAGAGAGAACACUACCGGCAGCACUGUAUGCAAGGGGAGAGAGAACACUACCGGCAGCAUUGUAUGCAUGGAGAGAGAGAACACUACCGGCAGCACUGUAUGCAUGGAGAGAGAGAACACUACCGGCAGCACUGUAUGCAUGGAGAGAGAGAACACUACCGGCAGCACUGUAUUCAUGGAGAGAGAGAGAGAGAGAGAACACUACCGGCAGCACUGUAUGUAUGGAGAGAGAGAACACUACCGGCAGCACUGUAUGCAUGGAGAGAGAGAGACAGAGAACACUACCGGCAGCACUGUAUGUAUGGAGAGAGAGAGACACACACAGAGAACACUACCGGCAGCACUGUAUGUAUGGGGAGAGAGAGAGACACAGAGAACACUACCGGCAGCACUGUAUGUAUGGAGAGAGAGAGCACACUACCGGCAGCACUGUAUGUAUGGAGAGAGAGAGAGAGAGAGAGAACACUACCGGCAGCACUGUAUGUAUGGAGAGAGAGAGAGAGAGAGAGAGAGAGAGAGAGAGAGAGAGAGAGAGAGAGAGAGAACACUACCGGCAGCACUGCAUGUAUGGAGAGAGAGAAAGAGAACACUACCGGCAGCACUGCAUGUAUGGAGAGAGAGAAAGAGAACACUACCGGCAGCACUGCAUGUAUGGAGAGAGAGAGAGAACACUACCGGCAGGACUGUAUGUAUGGAGAGAGAGAGAGAACACUACCGGCAGCACUGUAUGUAUGGAGAGAGAGAGAACACUACCGGCAGCACUGUAUGUAUGGAGAGAGAGAGAACACUACCGGCAGCACUGUAUGCAAGGGGAGAGAGAGAACACUACCGGCAGCACUGUAUGCAUGGGGGGAGAGAAUACCGGAAUGCAUGGAGAGAGAGAAUACUACUGGCAGUAAUUGUAUGCAUGGGAGAGAGAGAACACUACCGCAGCACUGUAUGCAUGGAGAGAGAACACUACUGCAGCAUCUGGUAUUCAUGGAGAGAGAGAGAGAGAGAGAGAGAAUGA